UCUCUUCUUUCUUUUCUUUUCUCAAAAACCCAACAAAAUCAUCUCCCAUUGGCUGUUACUACUGUGUCACCCAUAACUCGUUCCCACGAACUCACUUCUCCCUUUCUUUCUCUAUCACUUACCCUGUUUUCUUCCUCUGUUUCUUCUCUUUUGUUGAAAUGUUUUUGCAGCAACCCCUGUUUCAAUUAAUCAAUUUCAUUUCCUUUUUUUUUCAUUUUCCAAAUUCAAGUUUCAAAGUUUCGCUGGUCAAAAGUUGAGUUUUCAACGGAAUGAUUUUUUUUUCUGUAUUUUAGUCUCUCUUCAAAAAUCCCAGCUUUAAUAAAAUAGAUAAAUAAAGAAAAAAUAUUAUAUAUAUAUAUAUAUUUCUUGUUCCUCUUUUGUAUAUGACAGUUGGAUUCUUAUUGGUGCCAUGAAGCCUCAGCUAAUACUACGAGCUAGAAGUUUUACGGAGUCAUAGUCGUAUUUGAAUUUUCUUCGUUAUUUGAUUCUUUGUCUAAUCUUCUGUACAUUUACUUAGAAAAUAAAGAAAGAGAGAGAAGAGUCAAGGGGUUUAGGUAGAAAAUUUGGGUGGUUUAUUUAUUAUAAAAAGGGGAAAGACCAUGAAUUGGGGAAUUUCCUGGAAGUAUCCUUUAAUGGGUAUCAAUUAAUUUCUUUGGAAUUCUGGUUGGAACUCCUUUUCUUUUUCUUUUUUGUUUUUAACAUGUUUGGGCAAGAAGAAAAAAACCGGCUUGCCGGGACUGCUGCUGACGACGCCCGGCAACCAUAUCUACGGUCAAUUUCUUGGACCGACCGUUCACCAACUAAGCCGAACCCAAAACCGCCUACGAACACAAAAGGGAGAUCAUGUUUGCCUCCUCUUUGUAUAAAAAGAAGGCCGGUGGAAGAGUGGCCAAACGCUGGCUCUGAUGACCUUGGUGUCUGGCCUCAUCCCCAGACGCCUAGAGGUUCUGUUAAGCCCCUUCCGAGUCCCGGUUCCAAUAGGGAGUUUCAGUUGAGGAAAGAUAAGCUAGCUUUCUAUGACAAAGAGUGCUCCAGGAUUGCGGAUCAUAUAUAUUUAGGGAGUGAUGCCGUCGCUAAGAACAGGGAAAUUUUGGCCAAGAAUGGGAUUACUCAUGUGUUGAACUGUGUUGGUUUUGUUUGUCCCGAGUAUUUCAAGAACGAUCUUGUUUACAAGACGCUAUGGUUACAAGACAACCCGUCCGAGGAUAUCACUAGCAUUUUGUAUGAUGUGUUUGAUUACUUCGAGGAUGUUCAGGAGCAAGGCGGGAGGGUUUUGGUGCACUGCUGCCAGGGAGUAUCUAGAUCGACUUCUUUGGUGAUUGCGUAUCUCAUGUGGAGGGAAGUGCAGAGCUUCGAGGAUGCAUUUAAGUAUGUGAAGACAGCUCGUGGGGUGACUAAUCCCAAUACAGGGUUCGCUUUCCAACUUUUGCAGUGCCAAAAGAGGGUGCAUGCGGCGCCUGCAAGCCCUAAUUCUUUGCUUAGGAUGUAUAAAAUGGCUCCACACUCCUCGUAUGAUGCUCUUCAUCUUGUGCCAAAACUGUUGAAUCAUCCAGGUAUACAAGGGCUUGACUCCCGUGGGGCCUUCAUUGUGCAUGUUCCUUCAGCUAUUUAUGUUUGGGUUGGAAAGAAAUGCAGCAAUAUUAUGUCCAACAGGGCUAGUUUGGCUGCCAAUCAGGUUAUUCGAUAUGAACGGGCGCAGGGUCCUAUUAUAACUGUUAGAGAAGGGGAAGAGCCUGUGAAAUUCUGGGAUGCUCUUGCUAUUGGACAGGUUUCAGCAGCUGCCGAAGCAACCAAUAUUUGCGUUGGUGAACGGAAGGUAGGCGAUUAUGAUUUGGAUUUUGAACUUUUCCAUAAGGCACUUGCUGGUGGUGUUGUUCCACCAUUUUCAGUGUCUGCUGCUGAAUCAGAAACUUGCCUUCCUGCCAGAGAGAAUGGAUGGGGUAGGCUAAGGCAGAAGUUUGCUAAUGGCAUCAUGAAAGAAUUUGUCAAUUCAUCCAAAUUGGGUUGUAAUUUGACUCCUGGCACUGAUAGAUCAGAUAUGAUUGUCGACGACACUCGUAGAGAUUCAGAAGCAGAAGAUAAUGUUUCACUCUCCUCGCCAUCAAUCAUUCCAUGUGGGUCACCCGACUCCUUUGAUUGUUUCCCAGAUACUAGCCCGAUUCGAAGUAAAGGUCCGUGUGAAGAUGUAGAACAAUUAGUUACUCCUUGUGAUUCUCCACUGGCACCAAGGUCCCCUUGUGGUUCACCAAGUUCUUUUUCUAGUUUUGCGGCUAGCAGCCCAAAAUUCAGUUCCAAGUCUCCUACACUUUCACCUUCAACGUCUGACUAUGGCAGUUCAUUCGCUUUUUCGCCUUCAUCCUCUAAUUGGUCUGACUUUUCGUAUAUGUCUUCUCGGCAACCUUCACCUUCAGGCCUGGAAGCUAUUGAUAUAUAUUCUUGUUUACAAUCUAAAGAAACUUCCCUUUCACCCCAAAAAACAUUUUCUUCUGAUCAUACUUUGAGUGUGGCAAUUACUGGUUCGCCCUGUAAAGGUACUUCUCCGUCACUUGCUGAGCGCCGAGGGAGUCAUCCUCCACCACGCAUGGUGUUACCAUCAGUUGAUGAACAAGUCCCCAGGAAUCUUGUGAGGUCUUGGUCCUUUGCUAUGCCCGAGUUGGAUGAUGAUGAUGUAAUGAAUGAUGUAGAUUGUAAUCAAUAUGAGCCCGAAGAUGAUUCAGAGGAGUUAACGUUAGAUGCUGAAGUUGUUGCUGUUAGCAUUAAGUCACAUGGGAGGACUGAAAAUCAAAGUGAAUACGGUGAAUGUCGUGCUCAAUCCGGUGCUAUCUUUGAGAACCCUAGAGGAGUAACCACCAUGGCUCUAUAUCAGUGGCCUACACUCAGUAAAGUGGAGAUGCGUGGAUCUCAUCACAUCCUUGAGUCUGGAGCAGCAUAUAUGUUGUUAGCUCCAGAUGCAAGUGAUUGUUCUGGUGUUUUAUAUAUCUGGCUAGGCCGUGAAGUUAUGUGCGGAAAAGGUCAAAGCCGAUCUGAAAGCUCUGGUGGCACAAACAAGGAUAGUCAUCUUCAUUGGGAAUCUAUUGGCCGUGAAUUUCUUAACAAAAUGGAUUUGCCAUUAAAUGCCUCAGUGCAGGUAGUCACAGAAGGCGAGGAGCCGGAGCAAUUUUGUAAGCUUUUCAACUGUUAUACCGAUCCCAAAGGCUGAACAAAGGAACAACCAUUAUUGAGAGGAGCUUGAACCAUUCCAAUCCUCAAUGGAUAGGCAGAAUGGAUGGUGAUCAAUAUCGCAAUUGUAGAUCGAGUAAAACGGGGAGUUGGCAUCCCAAGCAGUGGAAGCAAGGGGUUUAUAUCCUGCUUGUGUGAUGUAUUGCUGACGAAGAUCUCAGACAUUGUUUAACCAAAAAAAAAACACGAACUGGAAGUAAUGCUGCUAUUACCAUAAGCUGUUCAUUGUUCUGCAGUUAGCCUGUGGGGUAAGUUACCCACCAAAAGCGGUUGUGCGUUUUGGGUUGAAAAGAAAAAUCAAAAUCAUUGAGCACCAGAAACCAAGCACUAGCAGUUUUUGUAACUUUGUAUCCAUAAACAUGCUAAUUUGAACUCUUUAAUAGAUCGAGUUUAGCAUAAUAUUUCAAAAAACGACGAUUGGUGAAAGGUAAAAGAAAGGGAAACCAUUUAUCUCUGCAGUCCCUACAUUUGUUUGGGUAAGGCUGGCAUUAACGAGCAUGGCCAUGUCUCAACCUAAACAUUAACUGUCUUGUCUUGUCUGAGUGGUUGGAGAAAAGCUCGAGACAUGAUGAAGAAGAAAAAAGAACCCACAAAUGCCUGAUGGUAACCUAGCAGGUAAGCUAUUACCAAACGUAGGACGGUUUUUUAAACUUAUUUGUUUUUAGGGUUGAAUAAAAAAUAAUUGUGUGUUUUUUUUGUA